AUGUCGUCAACUAAAAUCCAGGUUCAAGGACAGCCACUUCCUAGGGUAUCGUCAAGAAACCACAGUAUGAGAAUUUCGGUUGUUUGCGCAGCUUCCAUAAAACGUCACCACCGUGUAAGUAGUGUAUACAGCCGUGAGAGUGGUCCAUCGUUAGGUUCUGUCCCAAAAAGAACCGACGAGAGCACGUUUCUUCGUGGCGACGGUAACGGUAGAUUCGGGAGGUUCGGUGGGAAGUUUGUACCGGAGACACUAAUGUCUCGCCUGAGAGAUCUUGAAGACGAGUUUAAUUUUGUUUUGAGCGAUCAUGAAUUUCAGGAGGAGCUUACCACAGCGUUAAGAGACUACGUAGGAAGAGAAACGCCUCUCUGCUUUGCCGGACGUUUAACUGAACACUACAAGAACCUAGCUCGAACCACCGGAGGCGGAGGUGGGCGAAGUGGUGGGCCCGAGAUCUUUCUGAAAAGGGAAGAUCUUAGCCACGGUGGGUCCCACAAAAUUAACAACGCUAUUGCUCAGGCCAUGAUCGCUAGGCGGCUUGAUUGCAGCCGUGUGGUGGCCGCCACAGGAUCCGGGCAACAUGGGGUCGCCACAGCAGCUGCAUGUGCGAAGCUGUCCUUGGAGUGUACUGUUUUCAUGGGAACCAUUGAUAUGGAGAAACAAUCCUAUAAUGUACAGUCCAUGAAAUUGCUUGGCGCUCAGGUUAAAUCAGUGGAAGGAACAUUCCAAGAUGCGAGUUCAGAGGCAAUUCGAAAUUGGGUGGAACAUCUAGGUAUCACAUACUACUUAUCGGGCACGGUCGUAGGACCACACCCGUGUCCGGUAAUGGUACGCGAGUUUCAAUCCGUGAUUGGGAAAGAGACGAGAAGGCAAGCGAGUCAGCUAUGGGGUGGUAAGCCUGAUGUGCUGGUGGCUUGUGUUGGGUGGAACAUCUAG